AUGGGCAUCCCAUUCCUUUUGGUGAAAUUUCUCUCAAUCCUAGCAAGAAAAGAUCGCCUUGGUUCUCCUUUAUAUGGCGGGAUGUUGAUCACCCGCAUUGCACGGCCAAUUGGCAUUCUUGACAAGCAUGAAGCCAUGUACUUGAGAGUGGAGCCUCAAAAAGCUUUUUCUCCUUUUCUUUAUAAAAGGGAUAAUAUUGUUGUUCAUAAUGGGUAUGGUAAUUUUUCCAUUCCCAAUGAUACUCCCCACAACCUACCCGGUAGUCGGGUAAUACAGAGGGGUGGUGAUGCCGAUGAAGAUGAGCCUCUAGUAAUCUUGACAGAGGUCGACCUCCCCAUGGACCCCUAUAAUGUGACUUUGAGGCAGUUCCAGGACAACUUGGCAUGCAGUGUUAAUUAUACGAAUAUGAAUUUGGAUUUCAUGAUGCAUUAA